AUCGGAUUCUCCACGAAGUUAUUAUUGUUUGUAUGUUUCACGGUUCGACGUCGGAGAGAAAUUUUAUGGGACUGGCUCCAAGCGUGAAAGCUCGUAGAGGGGGGCUAGGACUGACCAGCGAAAUUCACACAGCGUGUAACUGGCGGAUUCGCCUGUGUUUACGAGGGACGUGUCCAUGCGCGUCUCGGUAUAAAAGCCUAGAAAACCCGGUGGAAAGUGGCAGUUCUCACCUGGCCUCCUUAAAUACCGUAAUGAGAGACAUGAGGACCAAGAUCGGUAUCGCCUUGACCAUCGCGCUGCUGGCCGUUGGCCGUCGGUGCCGCGCCGGUGUGAUAUCCCUGGGCGAGGGUUUUCACGGGCAACAGGAUCCGUUGCAGCAGCACGGAUCGCUGGCCAGCUCGUAUCUGCAGUUUCACGGACCGGUCGAGGGGCCCGUGUUCGAGGUGAAAGUGCCGCACGAGGACGAACCGAAUCAUUUGCACGGACAGCCGGGCUACACGGUCGACUACGUCGCCCAGCCGAAGUACCAGUUCUCGUACGGAGUCGAGGACCACGAGACCGGGGAUUUCCACAGUCAGAAAGAAAUUCGAGACGGAAGCACCGUGUCCGGCCAGUACAGCGUGAAAGAGCCAGGUGGCAGCGUUCGUGUGGUCAGCUACCGCGCCGACAAGGACGGAUUUCAUGCCGUGGUGCACACUUCCGGCAAGAACGACCACGACGUCUACGCCGGUCAAGGCCAGCAGCUGCGGGUUCACGAUCAUCAGCCCGCGCAACAAGACGAACACGAUUACGAGGGAUACUGAUCCGUCCGCAGUCCACCCGAUAAUUCCUCGUAAUUCCUGUUUAGAACCUCGCGGUUCGAUGACAGAAUACAUACACAUUCCUUGACAAGGUACGAUGUCAAUGUUAAUCGGUAGAAAAUGUCGGGAAUCGAUUUUUGGAUUCGUCGGAAAGUUCAAUUUAUACUUAUCGACGAAACUGUAAAAAAAUGUAGAAAAGUCAGAAACAUCCGGCGAC